AUCUAGUUCUGCAUCAUUUGCAACCGUCACGUACUAAAAGAUCCUACCUAACCUAGUUGCAAAAUAGAGGUAGCUAGUACAUUGAGUAGUACCUUGUACUUUUACGCCGUUACCUAAAUUUGUUUUCGCUGUCUCCAUCGUGCUAAGAGGUACCUGAGGCAAUUCUCCUUCAAGAGAAAACUUCGAAACAUUAUGAGAAAUACUUCUUUUGCUAUGCCGUUAUAUCCCAACCCCAAAAGUCAAUGGCAUCGCACGAAGUCGACAUGUCCAACUCGAACCCUAACAGGCUGCCGCUCCAGCAGCAGCCAAGUCUGCCAUGGCGCAUAACUUCAUCCGUUGUCAUGGGCCUGACGGCAGCCCUAUCUAGAACUUUCUUAUAUGGGUUAAAUUCAGUCGAGGUGACCGGCCUGGAGCGCUUGUUACAAGUAUUGGAUCAGAGGAAAGACGUCGAAAAGAGGCAGAGGGGUCUCAUUACUGUCUCGAAUCACGUCAGCGUACUGGAUGAUCCUUUAAUAUGGGGAGUUCUACCGUUUAGUUAUGCCUUCAACCCAUCAAACCAUAGAUGGGGUCUAGGGGCCCACGACAUAUGUUAUAAGAAUAAGCUACUUGCUUCAUUUUUCUAUGCCGGUCAGGUAUUACCGACUCAUAGGUUAAAGCACUCACACCACGGAGGACUCUUUCAGCCUACUGUCCAGCAGGCCAUCCGCCUUCUGUCUUCACCCCCAGAGCCAACUCUCUCGGAAGGAUCUCACGACGAUAUAUCGGAUCCGUUUACUUCCGGGGAUAUGACAUUCACCACCACGGGAACGGACCUGUACGUCUCGCCGUCCAUCUACGCGCGGAACCGGCACAGCUGGGUGCACGUGUUCCCCGAGGCGUGCGUGCACCAGCACCCGAGGAUGUCCAUGCGGUACUUUAAGUGGGGCGUCUCGCGCAUGAUCCUCGAGAGCGAGCCCAUACCCGACGUGCUGCCCAUGUUCAUCGACGGCCCGCAGCGCGUGAUGCCCGAGGACCGGGGGUUCCCGCGCUUCCUGCCGCGCUUCCCCGUCCGGUUCCGCGUGGCCUUCGGCGAGCUGCUCGACUCGGAGCAGAAGUUCGGCGACCUGCGCGCGCGGUGGCAGGAGCUCGUCCGCAAGGAGGAGAGGAAGAAGAAGAAGGACACCGCACAAGCGUCGGCGCUGGGCGAGCUGACCGACGAGCUGAAAUACGGCAGGGAGGCCGUGGACCUCAGGAUCGAGGUCGCGAGGAGGGUCCGCGAGGAGGUGGCCAAGGUUCGCAGGAGCAUGGGGUACCCGGAAGAAGAGCCGGGUUUCGAGUUGGCGGAGACGUGGGCGCGGGAACCCAACAAGGACCGUUUCAAGAGCGACGUUGACGACAGUUUAGUCAACAAGAGGGAGUAAGGACGGUGACGAUAGAUAUAUAUUGUCUUGAAAAAAACAUCCGUUUCUUAUGGGUUAAAGCGAAGCGUAUACUGUAGCGCUGUAGGUUGAAAAUGAAAUAAAUCUAAUUGCCCAACAGGAUCUAGGGGUAAAGCCUAAUGAGUGUUGCUCCAAAUUCAUUUGCACCGGCUAUGAGCUCUAGAACAUAGGUCUAAUAGAAAGGAGAGACGAGUGGCGUCCUAUGGACUAUCAGACUCGUUCACCUUCAUAUGAUAUAGUCCAC